AUGAAGAAUGUGCAAAGAGAACAAAAAGGAAAAAAAUACAAUAAUGAGAAAGUUAUGAGUAGUGAAACGAACUAUAAUCCUUUUUUGAGUAGCGAAAAUAAAAAAUGGAUUGACGAAGCUUCUUCGUUCGAAUCGAACACAGUGUGUAGUAAUAUAGGUGUAGGUUCCUCCGUUGACAAAUGUAAGGAGCUCACCGGGGAGGGUGAAGCAAUUGGAGAGGUGUUACACAUCCCAAUGGGAGAAGCAAAAGGAGGAACGAGAGAACUACUGCGUGAGGAGGAUGGACCCAUUGUGGGGAGUCAACCAGUUAUUGGUCUCACAAAGGGAGGCCAGACAGGCGAUGAGCCCAAUGGCGACAAUGGCUACGAAGGGACGGGCUACGUGAAUGUGACUUUCUCAGGGGGAGAAACAACAGGUGAGGAUAAUACACGUUCGAAAGGCCCCCUGGAGGGGUGUAAAACGGACGAUGUUUUGUCAGCGAAGGGGGGGAAGCAUGUGGGCAAAAAGGGAAGGGAGAACAAGUGGUCAAGUAAAAAGAGAGUAGAAAGGCAGACAAACGCCACAACUACCAUGCUUGAACAACCGGGAAGUGAAAAGCUGGAACACCUGAAAGACAUCCUACACGAACAGCUAAAAAAAAAAAAACAUAUAUUAGAGGAAAAGCUAAGGGUGAGGCAACAUGAAAGGAAUAAAUUAGAGGAAGAUGUAAAAAACGCAGGAGUAGAACUUUUUCGAGUAAACAAAGAAAACGAUUUUUUAAAUAAAAAGGAACAUGAGUUAAGUGAGGCAAUAAGGAACAUGAAAAAUGAGAGAGAGAAGCAGUUGAGAAAGCAAACAGAAUUGAAAAAUAAUUACAACAGGCAAAUGGCAAAUUUGAAGAAAGAGCUGAAUUACCAAUCUGAUGUCUUCAACAAGUUUAAUAAUAGCCUCCUCGAACUGAAUAACUUGAGGAGGUACUUCAAUUUGGUGAAUGCCAACUCGCGCAUUAGUGAAAAUGUGUUGGGCACGAGGAAGAAGAAGCGGCAGGGGAAGGUAGGCAGUGGAGAGGGGGCGCCUGAAGGGGAAGAGCCUGCUGUAGAGAAACCCACAAAGGACAAGUCCCUUCCCCUGGUGAGACAGUCAUCAAUACAGAAGAAGGAAAAUAUACUGAACAAAAUGAACCACGACUUGAACGAAAUACAAAACGACAUUGACAUAAAGAAGGACAUGGAAAGAAAUGAGCAAACGGAAUGUGCUAAUUUGGAGCGACUAAUAAGUGAAGAGAAGGAAGAGUAUGAACAGUUAAAGAAGGGGAGAAAUGACAUGCUCAAGGAUCUAAACGACUCUAUACAAAAAAUGAAACAGAGGGAUGAAGCUAUUGAAGAAAUGAACACCAAGCUGAUGGAGCUAAAGACAACCAUAUAUGACAUGGAGAUACAGAAGGAUAUUUUGACGAAGGAGCUUACAAGGGAAAAGGAGAAAAAGGAAAAGCUUCAGUCUGAACUUGGGGCGCUGAAAAACGAGACGGAACGAACUAUACAGGGGAAGAAGGAGAUGCAGACGGAAGUGAAUACCCUUGUGAAGCACAUUGAAGAGGUCAAAGUGGGGAUACAAAAUGAGCGAGACAAGUGUGUACAAAUAAAUGAAGAAAUAGGAAAACUGAAAAAGGAAAUACGAAACAGGGAACACAAAAUAAAGAUUGUAAAAAAUGACAUUAACAAAAAUAUUGACAAAAUAAUUAACAUGUACACAGAAGAAAUUAAAGUGAGUCAUUUUUCUUCAAAAAUUAAAAGUGAUCUGGCGAAUGUGAAGGAAAGCAUAAUGCGAAAGGAAAACGAAAUUGAGAAUUACAAAAAUGGUAUCAUUCGAAUUAAGAUACAGCAAAUACUUGAAAGUACAAAAAUAGAAAAUGUACAAGAAAAGGUAAAAAAAUUAAAUGAAGAAUUUGAGGAGAAGCAUGAAAUGUUAACUAACUAUGAUCAUGUCAUAAAGAAAAAUCAUUACUUGAUUGAAAACAAGCAGCUCGAGGUAGACAGACUGAACGAGGAAUUUGAUAAGAAAAACAGAAGAAACUGCGAUGACCAUGGAAUGCCUCUUACAUUAAACAUAAAAAUACAAAAGUUGAACAAACAAAUAAGGGACGUGCUUAAGCAGAGUAGACAUUUGGAAAAGGACUGGUUUUUGAAACAGUCGGAAAUGAUAAAAAUACAAAAUGAAAACCAAAAAAUGAAUGAAGAGAUGCUUAGGGGGAAAGAUUUACGACUCAUUUUGAAUCAGAAGAAAUGCGAAUUACAGGAAAAUUUCAAAAAUGCACAAAAUGUACUUAAAAAAAUUAAUAAAAAUAUUAUGUACAUACGCUUACAGCUGGAAAAAUUUGCUUCCAAAAAUUCAGACACCUUGGGAGAAAUCGACAAAAUGGAAGACGAUAUGCUCAGAUGGAGUGAAAAAAAAAAUAUAAAAAAUGAGGAAUAUAAAAGGAAAAAGGAAAACUUAAAAAAUGAUAUCAACUCUUUAAAAAAUGAAAAGGAAAAAUACCAACAAGAUCUCCUACACUAUGAAAAUAAAAUUCUCCUGCUGGAGAAUAAAAUUGAACAAAAAAAAAAACUACAAGGGGUUAUUAAGGAAUACACGGAAAACAAAGACAUACUCUUAUUGAAGAAAAACAUACAGGCCAAAAAUGAUCUCAUUGAAAAUGCAAAAAAGCAACAAAAUAUUCUCCUCGCGAAUAUCAAACAGGCACUAAACAAGCGAAACGAACUCGACAAUAAAAAGGAAGCUUUCCAAAAAAAUGUUGAAAACGGAGUUAAUGUCUCCUUUAAAAUACAACACGAAAUUUCUUUUGCUAAAAAAAACGUCAAGGAGUUUAAAGGGAAAAAGGUAUCCCUCGCCAAGUACUUAACCGAACUGAUCCAUUCGUAUGACCAACUCACCAAGCAAGCACAACAGGAGAAGACACACCUCCUACAUCUAAACAGACAGUGUAAUAUCUACGAAGGUAUACUGAAGAUUCAAAAUUGUGAAAAGAAGCAACGGUUUCAGGAAUUGCUAAAAUUUCAAAACGCAGUAAAAAAUGGUGGCUAUCUUAACAACUCGAAGAAGCCAUAUGAAACUGUACGGAAGAGCUGUGCCUCGUACAGGAGGAGGCUUGUUGCCAUUGAGAAUAAGCUGCGGGACUUGGACACCACGGAUGAGGAGUACGCCAAGUUGAUUGGGGUGCUGCUCGAGUGGCUCGCCAACUGA